AUGGCCGAGCUGCAGCAGCAUGAAGACCAGCCGCAGGAGCCGGUGGCUGAGUUCUGGUCCUUCCCCACCGACCCGGCUGAGUUCGACAACGACGAGCGCAUCUCCUUUUCGCGGCUAGAAAACAAGUACAUCGCGGUGCAGGAGGACGGAGCCGAGUACGAAUGGGACGGCGGCCUGAAGCGCUGGAUCCCCAUCGUUGACGAUGCGCUGAUCGAGUCGCACCAGGCAGCAUACGGUGGUGCGGCGGCGGCAGAAGAAGACGAGGUGUCGGCGACGACUGCAGCUGACAGGAGGAAAAAGAAGCGAAAGGCCGGGGCCGACGACGACGGCGGCGGCAAGACGAAGCGACCGCGGCAGAACACCGCCGUUUACGUCACGGGUCUGCCGCUCGACGUGACGGUGGAGGAGAUCGCGGAGCUAUUCUCCCGCAAGUGCGGCGUCAUCGCCGAGAACAUUGACGACAGCAGCCCGCGCAUCAAGCUGUACACAGACGGCGGCGGGAACUUCAAGGGCGACGCCCUCGUCGUCUUCUUCAAACCGCAGUCGGUGGACAUGGCCAUCAUGCUGCUCGACGACACCGACUUUAGGAUCACGCCGUCGGGUCUCUCGAGCGGGAGGAUAAGGGUCCAGGCGGCCGAUACGAGCUACAAGAGGAACAAUUACGAUCAGGAGGCAGCAGGGGAAGGUGGUGCGGACGGAGCAGGUGGUAAUGUCAACAACGGCAAGGGGUCCGCGGCACCGGCGGCGGAGAAUGGCAAUGGCAGCCACACGCGUAAUACGGCCGACAAGGCCAAGGUGAUCAAGAAAGCGCAGAAAAUGAGUGCGAAACUGGCAGACUGGGACGACGACGAUCCUUAUCCGCACCUCGCGGCUGCAGUGGGAGCAGGGUCGGGGGCAAACGGACCGACCAACAAAAAGGCAGAACGGACUGUGAUACUCAGGCACAUGUUUACGCUCAAGGAGCUAGACGAGGACCCAGCGGCGCUGCUAGAGAUAAAAGAGGACAUCAGGGACGAGUGCGAAAAGCUGGGCGAGGUCACCAACGUCGUGCUCUUCGACCUGGAAGAGGACGGCAUCGUCAGCGUCAGGUUCCGGACCCCCGAUGCGGCCGAGGCGUGCAUCAAGCUCAUGCAUGGCCGGAGCUUUGACGGGAGGACGGUCCAGGCCUCUCUGGCGACCGGGAAGGAGAAGUACAGGAGGUCCAAAGACAAGGAUGACGGCUUAGAUGAGGAGGAUGCCUAA